AACAACACAAAAUCUGUUCAUGGCUAUUUUCUGCCGAAUUUGGCAAACUAUCCCUUGUCAGUUCUCGAAAUGGCGCUGACAGUUCACGAGUUGGCGGUCUCGCGAUUUGGCCGUAAUAUAUUAGAUAACAAAUGAUAUGAAGAUGGUAUCAGAUUGUUUAGAUACGUGUGCCCUUUUUUAAAUUAGCCUAGUGGUACAGUGUCCAGGUUAGUGAUUCUAUCGUGAUGAUUCCUUGUGUCAAGAAUUUGAUGCAGCCGAGGGUCAUCUUCACUUGGCGAAUCAUGGCCACAUUAUUGUGGAUGUUUAUCACCGUUGUGCUAGUGCAGGCUAACAACAAGCUUGAACCAAAGAUCGUUGAAAUAUUUCUUUCUUAUCACAACAAGUAUCGAACUAAUGCAGGAGUUGGAAAUUCGAUCUGGAGUGAUGAAUUAGAAGCACAGGCCUGGAAACAAGUUUUGGGUUGCACUGAUAGGUUUGUUGUAGCGAGAAACUCUUUCAGCGGUGGAGUUACUCUGGAAGAACAGUACAAAAGUUGGAAGUGCUAUAAAACCUGAUUGUGAAUUAAAGCCAAACUUUGAUGUCUGCAUUUAUGAUCAGCACUGUGUUGGUGCUGGUGGAGAUGUUCUUAUAACCAGGUUGAUGGUCUUGGGAUCAGUUCUAGUCCUAUCGUAAUUCUCAAACUGUGCUCUACUGAACACGAGAACUACUUCGAUGUCCCACUAGUUACUAGAAGCUAUACAUGUGAUUAAAGUAAAGGCAGGCAAGAAAAAAGUUGACAUUAUUAACUCCUCUUGGUAACGGCAAAUAAACAAUUCUCAAACAACAUCAGCAUGAGCUUGAAACUGAUCUAAAAUGAAUCGAAAUAGAGCAAAAGUUUUUUGUCGUACAAAACAUCGUAACGUCAGUGUGUUUUCCAUCAUGUGUAAUUAUUGGAUUCAAGUCUGACAUACGGUUUGCUAGGAACAAGUUACUUUAAGUGGUAAACAGUAUUUACCAAAACAUUUCUAAAUGUUUGUUUCUUUAAGAAAAAAAAAUUAUGAAACAUACUUUUUAAAUUCUAAAAUCUUCAAGUGCACAGAAAAAUGUUUCAAAAGAAAAAUAAUAAACUUUUUUUGACCAAGAGAUUGAGUAGCGAAGCACUGCAUUAACGAGCGUCUGUAAUGUUGAUAGGUGUGUUCUCGAUACUAUCAAGUGUUAACAGCUGCUAUUGACAUAGUGGAUAUCUAGAGUCUACUACGUGUCUCAACCAAUGCAACCAACUGCCAUAAAUAUUAAAAACAGGUUGCGUGGCCACUACUUUUCCCCAACAAUCUCAAUCAGUCAAAUAAAACAAUUCUG